UAGGGAGUUAGACUAGAGCGAGGAUACUAGGCGAUAGGAGUCUAGAGAUCGUCCGGUCGCGCGCCGCGUUCCCGCGGUUCCCCAUCCCGCGCCAGGUGGAGAAAAAAAACUAUUUAGUAAUUUCGUGCCGGGAUUUUGGGUAUCCCGUCCCCACCGCGUAGAGAAUAAAGCGGCGAUCCGCGGGAGGAUCUUGGGAGAGCAGGCGAAGGCUCGGGGCUCGGCCGCUCGGCGAGUCCGCAUGGAAAGCUCGUCGCAGACGAUCACGUUCAUCACCGAGCAAAGCGUCAUAUGUAGGAAUCUGAUGGCGUCGACACCGCGACUCACGCCGACCGGCAAGAUCAGCCACGCGAAGACGCGUGUCUACACGCAGCGUUACAGGAAGGAAUGGGAGAAUAUGUCCGAUUUUAAAGGAUGGUUGACUUCAGUGCCGUUUCAACCGACACGUGCCUACUGCCUCUACUGCAAGAAGAAUCUACACGCGCACCGCCUGUCGCUGUUGAAGCAUACAUGCACGAUGAAGCACCAACGCUCGGCCUUGACAUACGUAUUGGAGGAGAAACAGAUGCAGAGGCUUGACACCGACGCACCCGAAGUGGGGCUUAUGGAAGAAGUCGAGACUUUGGAUGAUGCUCAAAAGGAGCUAAAUGAAUACGGUGAAGAAGACGACAUCGAAUAUGUUGUUGAGAGACUGGAAUCGGAUGAAGACGAAUCAAUGGAGUUCGUUGAUGUAAAGGAAAGAAUGGAAGAAAGAGGCAUAGAACAGGAAGACGAAAAAGAAACGGAUGAUAGUCAGUUUAAUGAGGAUUCUCCAUCUGUAAUAAAGAAGCUCAAAGUGUCCGAGCAAAGAUGUCGAGAUCCUUUGGCGGAGGCGAUGGCCCAUGUUCACAGUGAAUAUCUUGAGGAGGACGUCGAGGAUCAGGAGAAUGUGCAGAUAGAGAUGGAGGUGGAAUCGACCAACAAUGAUGCAUCUGUUCUAUCUGAGCCGGUAGACGACGACGCUGAGAAGACAUCGAAAUCACACGAAACUGAAAAAACGGUAAUCAAAGCUACCGAGAACGGAAAAGUCCUUCAGGAGGACAAUAAAAACAAUAUGGUUAUGACUACAUCGAUACCGAUACUGAAUACGACUCAUCAGUCAAACACACCGACAGGCACAGUUCCGACUCAGAAUACGAUUAAUUUUGUGCCGAUCGUACCGAAUGUAAUGAAUCAAAAGACCUUCACUCUGAUGUGUGGUAAUAAGGCAUUUACAUUAAGCGGCGGUGCCGUGAAACCGGGUGUACAAUACGUACUGACAAAACUUAAGGGUAAGCCAACGGCAUUGAUGCUGACCGAUCAGAAAAAGGUCGGUACUAGCGAACCAGAGAAAAUAAAGGAAAAUGCAUCCAGCAACAACCAGUCAUUGACUAUUCCUAGCACCAGUCAACAGUCGACUGUUGUCAAUCGACAACCGGCUUGUCCCAAGUCUAAGAAGGCCGUUGUCUUGGGAAAACAGACAGCUGUAAAACAGACUGUAUCGAAAAAAUUGUGUAUUUCCACAUAUGUUGUGGACACUAUCAAGGGACUUCCAAUUGGUGGGUUGCAAGUUAGCUUGUACAAGCUGAUGGACGGUAAAUGGACCUUCUUGAAUGAAAACACUACAAAUGCAGAUGGUCACUGUAGUGAUCUGGUGGAAAAAGUGAGCGGUUCAAUCGGCCGUUAUAAGAUUCAUUUCGACGUUGACAAAUAUUUCACACUGAAAAGAAUAGACACCAUGUUUCCGUUCGUCGAAAUUGUAUUUGACGUAAAGAACCCGAACAAUCAUUAUCACAUUCCUCUUUUAUUGAGCCCAUUUGGUUAUACAACUUAUCGUGGCACAUAAAUAGAAAUAGAAUGUGCUAUUGAAUAAGUUCGUGGCUCAUAAAUAGAAAUAGAAUGUGCUAUUGAAUACAAGUUCGUGAUAGUUGCCAAGAAGUACUUUAUGAUUUUCAUGAAGAUUACACUAUUGUAAGAAUAUAACUAUUUUUAUAUUGUCUAAUGAGAUAAGUUAGUUGCGUAAGUAUUGAACAUAUUUAAUACAUAAGUAUGUAUUAAUCAGAGUUUAAUAAAUAUGCAUGUUUUUAUUAUACAGAGAAUAAUUCGUGUAUGCAGUCAGAAAGUAUAAUUUUUAAAUAUAUUUUUAAUUUUUAUAGCUAAUACAAACUUUUAUGUAUUUGUUGUUCUGGCAAUGUCUUUUAUUGUAUAAAAAACCCACGUACAUACAACGAUUAUUCCGUAUAAAUUGAGGGACAAUUGUACAUACAUAUACGGAAGAUAAUUACAUUAGAUAAUAUAAAAUAACUGUUAUUCACAAUCUAAGUAUAACCGUACCUAAUAUAAAUAAAAUAAAAAUAAGAAUAUUUGUAAUGUUUUUGUAAAGGCGACAAAGUAUAAAGUUUACAUAAAUAAGUUAACUGUUAAAACAUUAUUACGUGAUAUCUGUAAGACACGGAUUACUGUGCCUAAUUAAGAAUUGUUUUUAACAUAUGCUAAGUCUUGAUGAAUGUAAGUAAUGAAUUCAGUUUUUGAAAUAAUCACGAAAAGCUAGUAUAGUUAUAAAUAAUAAAUAUGUUAGUUUCAGUAAGUUAUAAGUUGAUGUAAGUAUAUUAUUUAGCUUUUUCUCGUAUAUCACGUUUAAAAAACCUAAUUUAAAAGAUGCAUACAUUGGUAUGCACUUUUCGCUUUUCGAAUUGAGUCAUGUAAGCUAUAUAUAUUUUUAAAAAACUGUUAAAUUCUAAUAAAUGCAAAC